AUGAAGCUCCUCGCGAUCCUCGCGCUGGCCGCUACCACCGUGGCCACCGGCCCGAACGCGGCCUUCAGACAGAGAUAUGCCGCGGUCAACAUGUCGCCAGCCGUCGGGGGCGCCGGUCUCGUACCGCGCUUCUUCAUCGACGCACCGAGGCUCGCCAAGAUGAGGAAGAAGGAGAAGUGA